AUGCACUUCAACCUUGCCCUCGUCGCGGCUCUUGCCGCCUCCGUUUCUGCCGCGGUCACCCCCGCCGUUAGAUUCGGCUGUGCCACCGAGGAGCCGUCUGCCGAGCACAUCGAGAUCUCCAAGAAGCUUGCUGAGGAGGAGGCCGCCAACAACGGUACUGUCAGCCUGGCUGCUCUGGCCACCAUUACCGUUCCUACCUACUUCCACAUCGUGGCCUCCUCCCAGACUGUGGCCAAUGGAUACAUCACCGACAAGAUGGUCACCGACCAGUUGGCCGUGAUGAACUCCAACUUUGCCCCCCACGGCAUCCAGUUCAACUUGGUCGAGACCACCCGUACCAUCAACUCCGCCUGGGCCGGCUACAGCAGCCAGACCGCCAUGAAGACUGCCCUCCGUAAGGGUGACUACGGUAGUCUCAACCUGUACUUCCUGAAGAGCGUCGGAGGUGCUUUCGGAAUCUGCACGUUCCCCACCACCGCCUCCCCCGGCUCCUCUGCUUUCAUCGCCGACGGCUGCACCAUCCUGUCGUCGACGGUUCCCGGCGGAAGCGAGACCAACUUCAACCUCGGAAAGACUGCCACCCACGAGAUUGGCCACUGGUUUGGUCUGUACCACACCUUCCAGGGCGGCUGCAACGGUGGAGACUCCGUUGCCGAUACCCCUGCCCAGGCUAGCGCUUCUUCCGGAUGCCCUACCGGUCGUGACUCUUGCCCCAGCAUCGCCGGCCUCGACCCCAUCCACAACUACAUGGACUACUCCUACGACUCUUGCUACGAGGAGUUCACCGCUGGCCAGCAGACCCGCAUGUUGAGCUUCUGGAACAACUACCGCGCCUAA